AGAGGCUUGUCUAGGGUGUGGACUUAAAAAGUGGGCUGGGUAUAAGUGGGCGGAGGGGUAUUUUCUUAGGUUUGUGCCUUUAGAAUCUCAGUCUGGAAUUAGGAUCAUUGACAGCAGGAGGAAUAGAACCUGGAAGAAACUUGCACCCCUCUAACGAACAGUCAUCAUGCUGAUCCUCAUCGCACUUUCAGUUCUUCACAUCGCAGCCAUCAUCCUCUUGCUGGUUGCUACCAUUGACAAUGCCUGGUGGGUAACUGAAACCGUGCGGACAGAUAUCUGGGCCCGGUGGGUGUUUAUGGAUAACAAGUGGAAUUAUACUGACCUCCCGGACAUCAGUUCCUACCCACAAGAUUACCUCCAGGCAGUGCAGGCCACCUCUGUUCUGGCCUGUAUUUUCUCCAUCAUUGGCCUCUUUGUGUUUAUUGCUCAACUCUUCACCCUCCCGAAGGGAAACAGGUUCACCAUCUCCGGUGUCUUUCAAAUUCUUGCCUGCCUGUUCAUCAUGAUCGCAGCCUCCAUCUACACAGACCGCUUCCAUUUGGACGAGGCAGAAGGUAACUAUGGCCACAGCUACAUCCUGGCAUGGAUCGCCUUCGGUUUGACCUUCAUCUCCUCCAUUGUUUACUUUGUGCUACGUAAGAAGUAGGGUGGAGCACAAUGGACAUUUGAUCACACUCCACCUAACCAGUUUCUUUGUUAUUUUGGACAGAUCUACUCUUUCAGCUGAAAUCCUGUUGGUUUUUUUUCCCAUUAAAUUUAAGCUGCUAGUGUAAACAAAACAGACCUGUGGAUAUUCUCUUACACAUUUAAUGUUGGACUGAGUCUGCCUUCAGAUGUUACCUUCUGAACUUUGGGGCAAACCUAGCCAGUCGCAGUCGUAUUUAAGUGUAUUUUCAGCCAGGAGUCGGGCUGGUUUACUUCAGGGUAUACUUCAUUUUAUGCUGAACAGAGAAAAGCCUUCCUGUUAAUGAGAGACAAUGAUAAAUCAAGACGGUAACACAUCAUGAUGAGCAGACAAAUCAAAUAUUUAAUGAUUAGCUAAAUGCAUGAGUCAGGAUCAUUAAGCUGUUUAUGAAUGAUUUUUUUCCCCCUGUGUAAAUGAGGGAGUAAAAAUCACUAUUUAAAAGAGAUCUUUAAAUAUUUGACUGGCAGCAAUAUUAUAAUGUUUUACCUAAUAAGAUGAAUAAAUAUCCAGUGUAAAGAGUAAAAUCUGUGGUUAUUUUUCAUAUAUACUUUUACAUAUAUGGAUAUGUAUGUUACAAUAGUAAAAAUGAAAGGGGAAUUUUUUUAUGUUUUUGCAUUGUUUUUGUUAGUUUAUCAAUUAUAUUUUCUUCUUUCAUAAAAAGUUUUUUUUUUUUUCCCACUAGGCUAAACUAACGUGAUUUACAGUCUUUAGAAUAUCAUAUGAAACUAAUGCAAUUCAAAAAUGAUUAAAGAUACAUUACUCAAAUAUCAGCUUUGGAUAAAUAAAUGUUUCCAUAAAAGGAUGACUGUUUUAAUAAAUGAAGCACCACUACUUCUAAACGCAAAAUAAGGUUUAAUCAAAAAUGUCUUUUGAUUGUAAAUCCAACAUUUUCAUGCGCUCACAUCAGCUGUUUAUAUAAAGGCAUCUGUUCCAGAAAUGAAGCAUGAGACAUAAUGUGUAAAUAGGCUUUCUUAAAGGAAAGCUCUGUAUGUCUGAUGUUGUUUAUUUUUGCUACAUGAUUGACAAUUACAUUGAUUUUUGAAAUAAACAUUUUCUUU